AUAUUUUUUUCACAAAACCCUUUUCUUGUUUUACGCACAGCUCUGAUAUAAGAUUGAAUCCACAACUCGUUGCUUCCUUCAUCUUCAUCUUCUUCUGCGAAGCGAAAUCAUUUUCCGUCAUGGCAGCUCUUCAAUACUUGGAAUCUCUGAAAAAUUCUCACCCAGAGCUCAAUGAAUGGUACGAUUCCCUAUCAGAUCUGUAUCAGAAAAAGCUAUGGCAUCAGCUCACCCUCAAGCUCGAGCAGUUCAUCGCUCUCUCCGUCUUUCAGGCUGGCGAUGCUUUGAUACAGUUCUACCACAACUUCAUCACUGACUUUGAGACGAAGAUCAAUCUCCUCAAGCUUGCGCAUUUCGCGGUGGUGGUCUCCCGUCAGUACGCUGAGAAAGAAGCUGCGGUUAGCUAUCUUGAAGGAGUUAUCGAGAAGCUUAAAGCUACCAAGGAGCCUCGGAUCACUGAACCGAUCGUUUACAUUGAGACCCAAAAGGCUUUGUUCAAGCUUGAGCAAGGUGAUCAGAAGGAGUGCAAGAAGAUCUUGGACGAUGCGAAGACCUUUCUUGAUAGCAUGACUGACAUUGACCCUUCGGUGCACGCUAACUUCUACUGGGUGUCUUCUCAGUACCAUAAGUUUCGUCAGGAGUUUUCGGAUUUCUACAAAAGUGCUCUGCUUUAUCUUGCGUAUACGUCUGUGGAGGCGCUCUCAGACUCGUUUAAGCUGGAUUUGGCUUUUGAUUUUUCACUUUCAGCUCUACUUGGAGAAAACAUAUACAACUUUGGGGAACUCUUGGCCCAUCCCAUUUUGAAAAGUCUCCUUGGAACAAAUGUGGAAUGGCUUUACCACAUUCUCCAGGCGUUCAACCAUGGUGACUUAGUUCAGUAUCAAGAACUGUGCCGCGUUCACCAUGCAUCCUUGAUUGCCCAGCCAGCAUUGGUUGAGAAUGAGAAGAAACUUUUGGAGAAGAUCAACAUUCUCUGCCUGAUCGAGAUCAUCUUCAGCCGACCUGCUGAAGAUAGGACCAUUCCUUUGACUGUCAUUGCUGAGCGUACUAAACUUUCCAUUGAAGAUGUUGAGCACCUUCUCAUGAAGAGUCUUUCUGUGCAUCUGAUUGAGGGGAUUAUAGAUCAAGUGAAUGGAACAGUUUACAUCUCAUGGGCGCAACCGAGAGUGUUGGGGAUUCCACAGAUCAAGUCUUUGAGGGAUCAAUUAGACAGUUGGGUCGACAAAGUCCACACUACUUUGCUAUCUGUUGAAGCUGAGACACCAGAUCUUGUUGCGGCAUAAGAAAAACCUACCUACCUUUUUUUUCCUUUUAGAGCUGCUGAUUUUAACUCUAUUUCUGGGAUAAGAUGCAAGAAUAUUGGCUAUAGUGUUUGAAGAUCUGGGCUAUUUCUGGGUCUUCUUACGUUAUAAUUGCUUUGGAUUAUUGUUCCAUUUUCAAGAUUCUCCUUUUUUUAACC